UGUAAUCACUCCGCUCCGCGGCGCGAAAGAGUUGCGCAAGAUAACGAAACGGUCAGUACUGUAUUUUUCUGGAGUAAGUAUUCGUUGACAAUUUUCGUCGUUCAUUCACGUUCGUUUCUUCGUCCUCCGUCGUCUUUCAAGCUUCAGAUUAUGGCGAACGAGGCUCCUCCGCACUGGGCGAAGGAAGGGAAAGAAAUUGAUCAUCAAAUCUGCAAGAUACACAAUCCGGACGACUUCAAACGUAUCACCAAGGGGAUUAAAGUUGCGCGAUGCAUGCAAUCGCCGUCUCCCUACGUGCCUGACAGUGAACAAGAAUUGAGUCAUUUAGUAGUGUCUGACUCUUUGUGCUGUUCUCAUUGUAAUGCUGAGUUUGAAGAUAAACCACAACAGAGACUACACUAUAAAUUGGAUUGGCAUCGUUAUAAUCUUAAACAAAAUCUGAAUGGCUUAAAGUCGAUUAGUGAGGAUAGCUUUAAUAGGAUGGUUGGUGAAGGUGAUAUGUCUAGUCUCUCUGGUAGUGAGGUGGAAUCCGAAAACGAGGACGAGGCUGGUACUUCAGAGACUAGGGUUUCAUCAAAUGAGCAAAUCAAGAACGAGCCUACAAAUAAGAACGGUUCUGCGGGUAUCAACAGAUCUAGAAAAAUGUCGGAAAGACGCGGGAGGAUGAUUGAAUCGGAUAUUUCGGACACCGAGUGUGAGGAAAUGUCUAAGGAACGAAAGUUGCAGGUCGUUGCCAGUCGUCAUACCAAAGUUUUCUUCGAGAAUGAUGAUGGCAAUAUAUUUAGCAUCUAUCGAUGCCUGCUGCAUCACAAGAAGGACAUUCCUGAGAAAGACAGUGAGAUGAUCAUUCAGGCACUGGACAGUGGAAAGACAUCCAAAUGGACAGUUAUCAUGGUCGGCGGUGGACAUUUUGCUGCGGCUGUAUUUCAAAAUGGUGAGCCGAUUGUGCAUAAGACUUUCCAUUCUUAUACCGUGCGAGCGAAACAAGGCUUUGCUCAAAGUUCUCGCACAAACGGUAAUCACGCAAAGAGUGCUGGCGCCAGUUUGCGAAGAUAUAAUGAGGCAUCGCUUAUUCAGCAUGUGCAAGAGAUACUGGAAUCAUGGUCGACGCAUAUCAACAAUUCGUCGGCUGUUUUGUACCGAGCAGUUGGACCGCACAAUCGCAUGGUCCUUUUUGGCGGCAAGAAUCCUCCCUUAGAUAAGAACAAUUUUAGAAUAAGACCAUUGCCAUUUCCCACACGUAGAGCCACAUUUAGAGAAGUCAAGAGGGUAUAUGAUAUAGUGAGCACCAUGGAGAUUUAUGGCUCAGCAGCGGAUUUUACCGACUGUUUUCCCAACUCUCCGCGACAACCCAUACGUAAGAAAAUUUCGAAACCUGAAAUAAUGAGCGAAAUACCAGAAGGAGAUGUUGUUGCCGAAUGUAAUUCUAACAUAGGUAGUACCAAUAGUCCCCAAGAGAACGAUAAGUUUAAAACACCCAUACAGUCUACACCGGAAAAGCAGCAUCGGAAUUCCCGUCACAUAGAUAGAGCGAAACCGAGGAAAAGUCCGAAUCGGCCGCUACCAGAUAUUAUUGUUAGAUUAGCUCAAUCGUCCUCUGAAUCGGAAUUAGAUGCGCAACUUCCACUGGACGUUCCUUUAAUUGAACAAAUUGUCGAAGUAGAUUUUUCAGAGAGUUUGCAACCUUUUCAAGAUACUGUACCAAAAUACAUGAAGAACAAGAAAGCUAAUCGGCAGAAGAAAAAAGUGAAAAAGGAUGCCCAGAUAAUCAAUGAAGUACUGUUGAAUGCUAGAACCAAGCUAUGGACUGCAUGUAAGCAAGGCGAUAACGAUUUAUUAUCCUCAGUCAUUAAUGAUCUAUUAACCAAAGUUAAAGAGUGCGAGGAGGAACAGAAUAAAAAAGAUGUUGCAAUCAAUUGUAUGACGUCUAAUGAUACUUCUAUAAACAAGGAUGACAUAACGAAAUUGGUUAAUGAUGCCAAUGAGGAUGGUAAUACAAUGUUGCAUUUAGCGGCACUUGGUGGGCACUGUGAACAAGUAUGGUUGUUGUUAAAAAUCGGAUCCGAUCCCUGCAAUAAGAAUAAGAAGCUACAAACACCUUAUGCCGCUGCUAAUGAUAAAAAGACUAGAAAUACGUUUAGAAGAUUUAUGGAAAUUAAUCCGGACAAGUUUAAUUAUCAAAAGUCUCAAAUACCUGGGCCACUUAGCGAUGAGAUAGAGCAAGCAGAAGUGGAAAAGAAGAGGCAGCAACGGAAAUUGAAACGAUUCAAGGACAAAAUAAAGAGGAAGGAAUUCGAACUAAAAAAACAGGAGGAAAACGAAAAGCAGAGAUUUCUUAAUCUCAGCGACAAAGAAAAGAGAGCAUUAGUUGUGCAGAAUCGGAUGUUAAGCGAAGGAUAUACUGUAAUCUCGCGGUGCUUCCAAUGUGCCAUUGAUAUGACAAACAAGGAGCCUUUUGAGUACAACGCCAAUCGCUUUUGCUCAAUGCCGUGUCUCAAGGAGCACCGUCUUCACAAUAAAUAUGUUAUCUGAUGGUGUAUUAUGUCUAGCUAAAAAAACUCUUUUUAUUCUAAUUGUGCAUUUGCGGUCAAUAAUCAAUCGCGGUUAUUGAUUUGUAGUAAAAAAAAAAACUAUAUUUAUACAUAGAGAAAUCAUGCUAAAUUAAUUUAUAACAACAAUUUAUGAAAUUUGUCACAAUUAUUGAAAAGCAAGAAGAAAUUCUCGUCCUGUCAUUUAUAUGCUUUUUUGAAAGGACACAGAAAGGAAGGAAAAAUAUUGUUUUAUAAUAUAAAUCACAACUUUGAGAAUAUAUUAAUGAGAAAAAAUUUCUCAAUUAGUUUUUAAAAAGGAUGCAAAUGUCUCUCUCUCAGAAAAAUUAUAUAUAUAUAUAUAUAUAUAUAUA